GCCAAAUUGGCCGAAACUAAAUUAUUUGGAAAUGGGCCGAGUGGAGGGGCUAUUAAAGUAUCUCUGCGGAGAGAACCGAAUCAGAAUAAACACAUUCCCGAUCACAAUCAGAAAGCGUGAAUAGACCGCACUAGAAACUUGGUCGAUUUCAUUCGCCGGCUGCCCAUUAUGACAUCACAUACGCCGAAUAAUUUGAAUACUCGAGCUUUGUUUGCCUCAUUCGCAUACAAGCAGCAUAUGUAUAUUACAAAGAAAUUCCUCGGCUAUUUCCGCCCGUUUCCGUUUCGCCCAACCGAUUCGCACCCGGUUCCGAGUUCAGCGGCAAAAUGUUUCUAUUUGAGUGGACGCACACGUCACUCCAAGUGAAUGCAGAUUCGAGGGGACAGCAAAAGAUGGCGCUCGUUAAUUUCUAUUAAAUUGCGAAUAUAAGUCUCAAGUCUCGAAUUUUAAGGCUGACGCCAUGGGGCUGGCGAUCACGAUUCCAACAGCCCCUAGUUGCGCAGUUUCUAUUAAUAGGAAAGUGUCCCAGUCUAAUCGAUCCGAUUUAGUCAUGUAAAUAGUUCAUGCUCCAGCUGCUUUGUUUAUGUUUCGGCAAUUACCUGUCUGGAAUUUGGAAUCUGAAAUCUCAAAUCUCGCAUCUCCGAUCUGAUCGGCGCCUCAUCCCGCUGAUUGCAAUCAGGCUAUAAAUUAUAAUUAGCGCCAGGCCAGAGCUUAGUUAGCAUUCAGAGGGCCAGUCAGCAUGUUUCCCAGUCGCCAAAACCAAACUUCCUUGAAGAACUUCGGCGACAAGACCGCCAACCUCUUCAGCAAGAAGAAAGAUGAGGCCGAGAAGCUGGCCAACGAGAAGGCCGCCGAGGCACAGAAGCUAGCCGAGGAGCAGGCCAAGAAGGUGGGCCAGUCCGUCCAGCAGACCAAGGGCGAGGCCGAGCAGUUGGCCGCCAGCACGGCCAAGGAAGCCGCUGCUCUGGCCACCGCCGAGGCUCAGAAGGCUGGACAGGCGAUCGACCAGGGUGUGAACCGUGCCGCUGGAGCCGUCAACCAGGGCAAGCAGGCGGUGGACAACACGGUGGCCCAGGCGGCGGCCGUGGCCCAGAACUCCAAGCAGGUGGCGGCCAAUGUGGCGGAGGCCUCCCAGCGAGCGGCCGCCAAUGCGGUGGACCAGACCAAGAAGGCGGCCAACGACGCCAUCAACAAGAGCGUGAAGGCCGCCGAGAACGUGGCGGACCAGAAACUGAAGCAGGCAGAGGGCGCCAUCGAUGGUGCUCUGAAACAGACCAGCCAGACGGUGGAUCAGAAGCUGCAGGAGGCGAACCAGUACGUCGACCAGAAGCGCCAGUCCGUCGAGAAGACCGUCCAGGAUGCGGCCGGACAGGCCCAGGAGUCCGCCGGACAGCAGGCCAACGCCCUGCUGGGCAAGCUGCAUCUGGGCCAGAAGUAGAGGCGUCACCCUUCGCGGGGCCACCUAAAAUAUCUUGAUGUGAAAAUGCUUUAGAUACAAAAACAAAAACAAACAGAAGGGAAUUUGCUUCAAUGUAACGAGUGCCAGUAAUGUGAUUGCUAAAUCCUCAAUUGAAAAUACAUAUAUAUAUAUAUAUACACAUAUUUUUGGAAUAUCGCGCGGAAGGAUUAUUUUGCAGCCGUUGCUUUCGAUGUGAGCAUUUCAGCACAUCUCUGUCCGUAUCCGUACAAAGUGUAAUUAACCCCUUCGUUCUUCUUCGGCCGACUUUUGUUACUCUGAGGCAUUUGAUAUUUUAUAUACAGCUGCGCUGAGUAUGCUUUUAAUAUACGUAUAUUCUGUUUAUGUAGAGAUGUAUGAUUAAGUACCUUUAACUCUUGCACAAUACAUUGCAAAUGUGUUUUUAAUAUAUUGGACUCGAA